AUGCCUCGCUCCCAGGUACUGCUUGGACUACUGACACUGGACAAAUACAGAAUGACAUCCUCACCUAAUCCAUUUGUGCGAAAGACGCGUGGUCUUCCGCGCCGCGACUACAAUGCUCUGAACAAUGGCACACUCUCCCUACUCCCUGAGCCAUGGGAAGGAAACAUCCGUGAAAUGGAAAGCCCCUGCUCGCCAACACCAUCCGAGUAUACAGGAGCCGAAGGGAAGUCCCCACCCGUGCGGUCGUUACGAGUUCCCAGCUCUUCGCCCGCUCCGCUAGAUCCCGCGCUAUCAGAAUUAGCUAGCAGUCAGAGUAGCCCACCGCCUUACAAAAGACGCAAAGUCAAGUCAUAUUCUAGCUGGACCCUUGAGAAUUUCUCACAGAACUAG